AUCCGGGUAUAAAACUGUAAUUUGUAAAUGAAACAUAAAAAGCAAUGUGAAUGGAAGGGGGAUGAGAAAGAGAAGAGGAAGGGGAAGGGAUAGUUACUAUAAUUAGAGGUGAAAAUCGGUACGGUAUUGGUAUCCCAAUACCAAAUACCAAAAUUCUGAAUAUCGAAUUACACCCUAAAAUCAAUCUCAAUUCCCAUCCCUAAAUAAUUUCGGUAUCCCAAUCUCUAAAUAUUUCGGUAUACCAAUUGGUAUUAUUGAAUACGAAAUUAGUUACCUUUAGAAUUAAUAAUUAAAUAUAUAAAUUAGAUUUGAUGAUUUAAUAUAGGACAAAGAGACUAAGCAAAGAGUCUUGAGUUUGGCUAGAGCUAGGAUAUGGAUAAGGAGAAUGGAGGAGAGGUGACAUCUCAAGUUUUUGUCAUUGGUAAUCUUUAAUUUGACAAAUUGGAGGUUGAGAGAAGACUAAUACUAGUGUUUACUUUUUGGUGUUAUGAAAUUAACAAUAGAUUGGUGGUUGAGGGUCGUGUAGUAGUGAAUGAGAGAGUCUAGUUGAGAGGAUAAAAUACACACUAGCUUAUAUUCCGGUAUUGUUUGGUAUAUACCAAUCCCAAUCCCGUAAUCCCUAAUACCGAAUAACAGUUGAAAUUGAAUCCCAAUCCCAAGAAAGUAUACGUGUAUUCGGUAAUACCAAAUAUAGACAAAUUCGGUAUGGUAUUCGGUAUAUCCCAAAUACCGGUACCAAACUUCCAGCCCUAACUAUAAUAUCCUUAUAGUAAGUGUUAGUAUGGUGAGGAUUGGAAGUUUGGUACCGGUAUUUGGGAUAUACCGAAUAUCGUACCAAAUUUAUCACUAUUUGGUAUUACCGAAUAUCGAUUUAUUCUUUAGGGAUCAGGAUUGAGAUUCAUUUUGGAGUGCUAUUAGGUAUUCGGGAUUACGUGAUUGAGAUCUGGCUAUACCGAAACACCGAGACACAACAAAAAUUAAUGAAAUAUAGCACACAACUUUUGGUGUUCCCCACUCUUUCGUGACUCACAAGUCUCCAUCCAACUCAAUUUUGACUUUCCAGUUUAAGUCACUCUCGUCUCUUAUCUAAUCUCUUAUUAUUUUCAUAACAUAAAAAGAAAACGCGGGUAUUCGUCGUCUCUCAACCUCCAAUUUGUCAAAUUAAAGAUUUUCAAUGACAAGAAUUUGAGUUGUCACCUCUCCUCCCUUCUCCCUAAUCCCUAUCCAUGUCCUAGCUCUAGCCAAACUCAAGAGUCUUAGCUUAGUCUCUUUGCCCUAAAAUAAAUAAUCAAAUCUAAUUUAUAUAUUUAACUAUUAAUUGCAAAGGUAAUUAAUUUUUUUUAUUUGAUAACACCAAUUAGGAUUCCGAAAUACUGAUUAGAAUACCAAAAUAUUUAGGAAUUGGGAUUGGAAUUGAUAUUUAGGGAUAAUUUGAUAUUCAAGAUUUCAGUAUUGAUAUUAUGAUAUCGAUACCAUACCGAUUUCCACCCCUAAGUAUGGUGCUAACUGCUAACACUUAAAACUGUUAGCACCCUAUCUACUUCCCAAAUUAAUAAUUACACUAGUAGCGAGACACGAUAUUGAGCACAAAAAAAAAAUCAAUGAGAGGAGCUCUCUCCUCUCUCCUCACGCUGAGUGCCUGGAUCGGCCGCUGCCUCUGGGCGGUGUUGAUCGCCUUCGUCUCGACUAGCUUACGCAACCAGACGUUCUACUGCAGAAUUCCUCUGAUUAAGGAAAUUCAGUCUUGUGUGGGAGUGAACGGACACAACCGACGUUGUGGAUUGGCUAUGCAGGGGGCCCUCGCCGAAGGAGCCAAAAUACGCUCAAAACCGAUUCGAGAUCCAUCGACGGGUACUCUUGAUUCGGCAAAAGAAGAAAAAAAAGGAGAUUUGAAGCUUUGAGUGAAGGAAUAGAGCUCUCCUAUGUUGUUCGUGUGAAAAGAUGCAGAAAAAUGGAUUUGAAGGGGUGGCAAUUCUGGCUCCCCCUUCGUCUGUGCUGGACGGGGAUUUCCUGUCUCCUGGUUCGUUUCCAUUGACGAACGAACAACAAACAGAACCCGUAAUGGGACCAAUACAACCAAUUCGUGGAUCUAAUUGUGAUCACCCCUUCGGGGAAGAUGGGCCAGUACCGCCGUCAAAAUAUGGUCCGGUAAUAAGUACAGUGAACCCAGGUUGUUGCUCCGGCAACGUUUUUGGUCAAAAUUGACUCCUGCCGACGUGGCUUCGCAAACCCGAUUUGAUCGCUCAUUUCAAAUCACAACGGAGGGUCAAAGAUUUGGCCCUGAUCCCCCGGUGUUUGGGGACGGGAUGCUGUUCGACAUUAUCUCGCCAAGCAAACUGAAAAAAUAAAAAACAGUUAGAAAAGCGGAUAAUCCGAUCCUAAGCAAAUUUAAGAUUCCUAGUCCCUUUAGACUUAUAAGAGAGGGAUCUGACUGGCAGAUUGGUGGCCCUUAAAAGGAUCUAUUACUCCUGCUGUCUCGUACAACACUGAAACACCUAGAAGCACGUACAACACUGAAACACCUAGAAGCAGAGAACGACGAGAGGCGCCGCUGCAACCUAUACCUGCCAGCGAGGUUCUCACAGGUAUAAUGAAUAAAUCCCUAAGUUCAUUCCCCUGUGCUGAGAAAUCUCUUAAUCCCUCUCUACAGUCUAGUUUUUUACCCCCUUCCAACAUUGUGUCGUGGCUGAGAUACGAUCAGGAAACCAAAAGUUUGGCUUCGAGCCUUGUACUGAUUGAUCCUCCUUAUCUGUUUCAGGGGUUAACAAUGUCUCGCGUAGCUGACGACCAGGUUGUUGAGUUCUCCCUGGAGGAGGUUCAAUCAACGAAAUUUCAUGCCUCUCGGACGCUGUUGGGACGAGUGUUCACGGGGAGCCAGCUCACAAAUGUGGAGCUCAGGGAGGAGAUGAUUGCGGCCUGGCAAAUUAGGGGUCAUCUGCGGGUCAACUGUACCAAACAUGGGCUGCUGGAAAUCAUUUUACCAAGUGAAGAAGCAAAAUUUUGGAUCUUGAAACGGGCUCCCUGGGUGGUCAAGGAUAAAUUGAUAAAUCUUCGUUCUUGGACGCCAAUGAUCAGUAAGCAGAUCUUUGACGAUCUUGCUAUCUCCCCUUUCCGCAUCCAACUUUGGGAUGUGAAGGAGGAUUGUUGUACCAAGCAAUUCGGACACACAAUAGCGGCUCCCACCAUUGGCAAAGUCUUAGAAACUGGGGUUUUUGCCUGCAAAGAUACGAGGGAAAGCUUUGUGAAAGUUCGUGCUCUGGUUGAUUUCUCGAAGCCCUUGAGGUCUCAACUCAUGGCAGUUAGUGAAGAACUUGGCUGCUUUUGGGUUCGGUUGAAAUACGAAUUUCUCCCAACCUUCUGCAAUUAUUGUGGCUGUUUGGGGCAUUCGCGUCGUGACUGCUCUUUUGAUCCUCCAAAUGGGAAAGAAAAAUUCGGCCCCCACAUGUCUACUAAGAAGCUUGGGUGCAAAAUUUACGAUGAUUUGGAGGAAAAUACAAGCUUUAAAAGCAAUCGAACUACAGUUUGGGUCAACAGGCAUGUCCGACAGCAAGUGGAGGGGACUUGAAAUUCUAACAAAGGUCGUGGGCCUGUAACCCAGCUGGGUGAGAUGGAAAGAAGAAAUCGGGGAACAUUCU